CGCGGGGACGGAGGCGGGUGCGGGGCCCGGCUGCUGUGCAGUGAGCGCGCGGCGGUGCCUGCUACUCGCCUCCCAGCAUGGCCGGGCUGAGCAGCGGCAGCGGCUGCGGCUCCAGCCUGGGGCGGUGCAGCCACGCUGUGGUGCGGGCGGUGCCCGAGACGCUGGCCCAGCACGCGCUGCGGAUCGAGAAGGGCAAGGAGGUGGACUUCGCGCGGGCCGAGCGGGAGCACCAGCUCUACGUCGGGGUGCUGAAGAACAAGCUGGGGCUGCAGGUGCUGGAGCUGCCGGCCGACGAGAGCCUGCCCGACUGUGUCUUCGUGGAGGACGUGGCCGUGGUGUGCGAGGAGACCGCCCUGAUCACCCGGCCGGGGGCCCCCAGCAGGAGAAAGGAGGUUGAUGCAAUGAAGAGAGCACUAGAAAGUCUUAACCUCAACAUUGUAGAGAUGACAGAUGAAAAUGCAACCUUAGAUGGUGGAGAUGUCUUAUUUACAGGCAGGGAAUUUUUUGUGGGUCUGUCAAAACGGACAAAUCAACGUGGUGCAGAAAUUCUGGCUGACACAUUUAAGGAUUAUGCUGUCUCCACAGUCCCUGUUUAUGACUCUUUGCAUCUGAAGAGUUUUUGUAGCAUGGCUGGACCAAACCUGAUUGCCAUUGGUUCGACUGAAGCUGCGCAAAAAGCCCUCAAGACCAUGCAGCAGAUGAGUGACCAUCGCUAUGACAAACUGACGGUGCCUGAUGACGCUGCAGCAAACUGCAUAUAUCUCAACAUUCCAGGCAAAGGGCACGUUUUGCUGCACCGAGCCCCUGAGGAAUAUCCAGAAAGUGCAAAGGUUUUUGAAAAACUCAAGGACCACAUGCUGAUCCCUAUCGCCAACACAGAAAUGGAGAAAGUAGAUGGGGCACUCACCUGUUGUUCUGUCCUUAUUAACAAAACUUCAGAAUUAUGAGAUAUAGAAUCCCUCCCUUGUAACUGGCAAUAAAGUACAUGCAAGAUGGAAGGGGGAGCCUGCAGCAGGAGCUGUAUCUCGGGAGGGGUGUUGGAGUGACUCCUCUUCUCUCCUCUUGUCUUACACCAGAGAAGAUGAAGGAGUCAGUAGUGGUGGAGGCUGGUGGUUUCUUGUAUUCUUUUUCCCCCUGAGAAUGGAAGAGGUGGCAAGUAGCUUCCUUCCUCCACUUCCCCCUUUGAAGGGAGGGAGAGUUAGUGAAUGGACAGAUUGUCCUCUAGAAAAGGUAGGUGGGGAUUCAUGGCUGAGGUGCCUCUUAUUCUCUUGUAGCUGGAAGACCAACAGCACCUGACUGCUGAGAAGGGUGGGAGCCCCAGAAACUUCCUAGUCAGGCAUUAUUCUUCAUGCUACCCCCACCCAUGCCCCCGGUCUGGCAAGUCAGGGCAGGUAGGGAGAUGGGGCAGUUGGGGGACCUGGGCCAGGGAGAGCAGGAGAACCUCUCCUUCUGCUCUUAGCUUUCUCCUUUACUUUAACCCUGACUCAAGCAAAAGCAAAACAAUGGCUGUUUUUUGAUGCAACAUGUAUAUGGCUAAUGAACAUCCUGCACAUCAAACAUCCUUAUGAAAAUACGUGCAUUUUUCAGAUGCCUGAUGUAGAUCAUUGUCCAUAACUAAAAAAGGAAAAUCUCAAACCAAAAAUGGAGAUGCAACACAAUGUGGUAACUGGCUGCACCAUGUUAACCCUUUCAUCCCAAAAAUAAAACACUGCCAUAUCAUUCCAGUGCAGAAGGUCUAGUGAUAAAUAGCUGGCACUGAGAUUUGAAUCUCUAAUCAAAAUUUUAAAUCAAAUAAUUUAGCUUAGUACAAAUGAAGGCACUACAGUUUGUAUGACAGAUCUUUUACUCUUUCCCAUAUGUUGUUUUCCAUCAUCAUAAGUUUAGGAAGAUCAUGUGAUGUGUAAGUUUCCCUUUUGAACAGAACGUGAAUAAAGUGUCAGCAAGAACUCAUCUCUGUUGAUUAGAAUGUGCAUACAUACUGUACCAUAUGAUGAUAAACCGCAGCUUCUCCAUCCUCACAUUUGUGUUUCCUACACAAAUAUAUACUUCUCUAAGUCUUGCACAUAUAGCACUACAAGAAAGUAUUCUGAGGAGUUUUAAGACAAGUGUAUCACAGUGAUUCCCAUGAGAAUGGUUCAUAGCUCCAUAUGGAACACUAUGUUCAAUUUUAAAAAUAAAAGUUCAGUGGAAUGUAGAACAGUGACAUCGUUUUCCCCUCUUAUUGACUGCAGUUUUUGAGUAAAAUGUGGAAAAAUGUGGUAUUAUUCAGCCACAUAAGUAUUUAAUUGCAGUCAAGGCAGAAUUAUCUUGGUGGUAACCAUCAAAAUUCAUAUGGAAACAUUUGGAGAAACUUAUUGAUUGGUUCAGAUUGUCUGAUUUGAUGGAUAAUUAUGGAGAUGAACAAGUAAGAGCACUUGAAAAGAAUUAUACUCUUUAUAUAGUGACUGUGAACAAAAUAUUAUGGACCUCACUUGAAUGAAUACAAAUUUUAGUGGAUGUAUAAUGUAACUUGCAUAGAGUUGCAUAUGAAUCAUGUUAGUCACUGUUCUAUGUUGUAUUGUUCUGCAGAACACAAACAGGAUGAAAAAAUCACCACAGUGUUCAAUUCUGUUACUCUUGAGAACCUUAUUACAGUAUAUUGUUGCCCACCUUUUGUGCCAAAAACAUCAUUGCAUUUCAUAGACUGUUAUACUGGAAAAGAUUUACUUUGAUUUUUGUGUCUCUUGCAGUUUCUAUACUAUGUACCCCCAUCACUAUGGAAUAAAGUGUCAGUUGUACUAUGAA